AUGUUUGAGGAUUUGCCAACGAACUACACGCAGCCUCACGGAAGGGGCAUGACUGUGAUCAAAGGGUACAGGGUAGCGGAGUCUGUCAAUGUAGCCAGGAACCGUGCCUGCCAACUUUGUGGCCACAGCUUCCGCCCCACAACCCCUCCAACAUUACCUCCAGCUUCGUCACCAAGAUCACCAUUUCCUCAACAUCCCGCCUCGGUUCCUCUCGCCAUCGCCUCCUCUCUGAUACCGAGCUCCCAGGGCUAUACGACUCCCCUCCUAGCUCCUCCUUCCAGAAUCGAUCACCUCGAAUCCCGCAUCAUGGCCAGCAAAGUAGACAAAAUCGUCGCCCGGUUGCAACAAAAGAUUACAGAUGGCGACUACUACGAAGCCCAACAACAGACUCGAGUCGCCGCCUCUCGCUACAUCAAGACUAAGAGCUGGGAUUCCGCCAUUGACAUCUUAUCCAAUGUUGCACAGUCACUUCUGAAAGCUGGCCAGGGCGGCAGCGGUGGUGACUUGUGCAUAAUGAUGGUGGAUGUGUACAAGCAGGCGGAGCUGACGCCCGAUUCUGCGUCAAAGGGACGAUUACUUACUUGUUUGCGGUUAUUUGGCGGGGAGGAACCUACGAGGAAGAAGUUCAUUACUGACAUCUGGUCGGCCAAGUUCGGCGACUAUCCCGCCGGAGACCCAGAGAUUCAUCACGUAGCGGGAUCUCUGUACGCAGAAGAACACGACACAUACGAAGCAGAGCGACAUCUUGUCCUUGGCACUAAAGAUUCCCCCGAAGUUCUAUUCAAGAUGGAGUAUACUUGGUACAAGGAGGGCGACGCCCAUCUCGCGCCUCACUUCGCCGGACGAGCAGUGCUGCCGUAUUUGCUGGUUGGUAACGUUCGCGCCGCCAACACCUGCUACCGUCUCUUCACCAGCGCACUGAGCAGCGACAACCCCAGCCUCGGUGUGCAAGACGUGUCAAGUUCACACUCGGAUAUCCGAAUCUUCCCUAGUCUACCGCUCCUCAAUUUCCUCGGUCUCCUCCUACUUGCGAUUCAACGAGCCGCACCAGAUGUCUACAAGGGCCUCAUCGCCAAAUACGCCACACAAAUAAAUGAGACGGAUGCGUGGGCGGAGCCGUUGGAAAUGAUUGCCGAAAUGUACUUUGGCAUCACGAAGCCAAGACAAAGUAAUCCUCUGAUGGACCUGAUGAGCGGGCUAUUUGCCGGCGGCGGCGGCGCACCACCUCAACAGCCGCGAAGGCAAGGAAUCCGGGGUCCAGAUACCCCUAUGGCUGAGGGGUUGGAUUAA